GAAAGGCUGCUGAGAGGCUGGGAGGCUUCUUCAGCUUGCACUGCUAGCAUUUCAACAAGGAUCUCCGCAUUCAGGCCAAAGAAAAUGAAGAAGAGUACAAAGACCAAAAACCUGAGGGUAGUGAUUAUUGAUGAGAAAUCUUCGGAUAAGAUAAGAACAGCGGAUACAGAAGACAACAGGAAUGUGACAGACAUACAAGACAACAGGCCUGGACCAGCUACAGAGGAUGACAGCAAGGGGCCUCUGAUGAAGGCAGCCUUUAAUGUAGUUGAGGAUGUCCUUCAGGCUGCUUUUGAGACUGUGGGAGAAGCUAAAUACUACACCAGGAAAGUCCGGGCAAUCACUCAUGGUGAAUUCACAGCAGAAAAGGGCCGGAGAUACAUUCAGAAGCUCAUUUCGACUUGCAAGCAUCGUGUUGCCUGGGCAUUCCGCACAGAGUUUCUGCGGAGGGAAGAUGUAAUUCACUCCUUCUAUUAUAUCUACCGUGUGAGCUGGAGCGUCCCAAGUGCUCAGUUUCCCCUAGCAAUUAUCUUCACCCUGGCCUACUUCACUCUCAAGAUAAGCAAAAACAAACCUCUGAACAGAAUUGAUCUGCUAUCAAGAUGGAAUUCUGUCGAACAUGAUUGAGAUCAAAUACAUUCUAAUAAAUGAAGUCAAGGCCUACUUAGGUAUUAGCUGAUACCUACAGGACAUCUGAGGAUUGUUUUCCUAAGAUUGUAUUAAAAAUACAACACAGUACAUCAAACCACAGAAUGUUUAUUGAAUAAACUUGUGGUAUACAAUCCAUCUAUAUUUUUUGCUUUCAUUCAUUUUCCAUUCUGCAAAUUCCAUCACAUUAGCAGAGUAACCAGUGAGUUGUUUUCUAUUUUCUAAAAAGUUUUCCCCAUCACUGUGCAUCAUUUUUGAGUCUUCUAAGCACAGAGCUGAGUUUAGAGAUUUGCUAAAAUUCACCUGUCAGUCCAGGCCGCGGCUGGUUCUUGACUGCUUGUUCUCCAAUUUGUGCCUAAGUCUGCAAACCAGACUUAUGGGUACAACUGAGGAGCAAAAAAAUUCAAAGGUCCUACAGCUCAUAAUAAAAGCAGUCUGAAGGGCCGGCCUUCUCACAGAUUACUUACUGUGUGUUUGCCUUACUGCUAAACAGUGCAGUUUAAUACUCUGACACCUGGCAUGCUCCCUCUGCAAUGCACCAUCACACUGGUGAUGGCAGCAAGGUGUCUUGAGGACCAGGGACAAUGAAACAGGAGUGAGUUCAAUCAAUAUCCUCCCUUAUUUCUGGUCUUCCCAUCCUCAGAUCAGAUCAUCACUUGUUUCUAUCUUUCCUGGAAUUGCUUGCCUGGCUGCAAAAUUUUAAAACACCAAAGACAAAUUUACGUUACACUUUGACUGAUCACUCCCAAGUACAUCAGAAUACAUAUUUACUUAGAGAAACACUGGAAAAAAACCCACAGAAUACUAGCGAUUAAUAUAG